AUGUCUCUUCAAACCCCACGCAUUCUCCCAAGCCAUCUUAAUGCUUUCCACCCCUCCAGCUCCGGCCCACGCUCAACACAUACAGUUCGUAUCCUCGGCACUGUGUCUGGACUUCGCGGCGACCAAGCAACGCUUACAUGCGGUAACAAUGGUGACGUGACGCUUCUCUUGAAGCCGGAUUCACACCUCCAGAUGGGAAAACUUGUCGAGGUCGUCGGAAAGGUGACCGACUUGGAAGGUGGCCAGGGGCUGGGCAUUCGAGUAUUGGGCACAACAGACUGGGGCAAUCCCUCUGACUGUGACUACAAGAUCUAUGAGCAAGUUGUGGAGGCCACGCACCGCUUCAAAUCUAUUUUCUACGAUGGCGAAUAA